ACACACACCGAACACAAACACACACACACACACACACACACACACACACACACACACACACACACACACAGCCUUUGCGGAAGCCAGAGGAGCCGAGGCGGCGCUAAAUUAAAUUAGCAUACUAACUAUUUAGCAGUGCGCGGAUGUGGAUGGACGGGUGAACGGAGCUGCAGCACGAACACACAGCUUCCACAGACGAACACACCGCCGGUCCGGGCUCAUUUUGUCUGGAUCUUGCUGCAGUCCGCCUGCCGAGGAGAUGGGGGACAAGGCGGGCACCAGAGUUUUCAAGAAGUCGAGCCCCAACUGUAAGGUGACAGUUUAUCUUGGAAAGAGAGACUUUGUGGAUCACCUGGACCAUGUGGACCCUGUGGAUGGAGUGAUCCUGGUCGACCCCGAGUAUCUGAAGGACAGAAAAGUCUUUGUCACUCUCACCUGUGCAUUUCGUUACGGCCGUGAGGACCUGGACGUGCUCGGUCUGUCCUUCAGGAAGGACCUCUACAUCUCCACCUUCCAGGCGUUCCCUCCGGUUCCUGAGGAGCGUAAACCCAACAGCAGGUUGCAGGAGAGGCUGCUGAAGAAACUGGGCCAACAUGCGCACCCUUUUUACUUCACUAUUCCUCAGAACCUCCCGUGUUCAGUCACUUUACAGCCCGGCCCAGAGGACACUGGGAAGGCCUGCGGUGUCGACUUUGAGAUCAGAGCUUUCUGUGCCAAGUCGAUAGAAGAGAAGAUUCACAAGAGAAACUCAGUGCGUCUGGUGAUCAGGAAGGUUCAGUACGCUCCAGAGAAACCCGGUCCUCAGCCCAUGGUGGAGACGACCCGAAACUUCCUGAUGUCUGACAGAUCCCUACACCUGGAGGCGUCUCUGGACAAAGAGCUGUAUUAUCACGGAGAGCCCAUCAGCGUCAACGUUCACGUCACCAACAACUCCACCAAGACGGUCAAAAGAGUCAAGAUCUCAGUGCGUCAGUAUGCAGACAUCUGCCUGUUCAGCACUGCCCAGUACAAAUGUCCAGUGGCCCAACAGGAGGCAGAUGACCAGGUGUCGUCCAGUUCCACCUUCUGUAAGGUCUACACUCUGACCCCGACGCUCGACAAGAACCGAGAGAAGAGAGGACUCGCUCUCGAUGGAAAACUCAAACACGAAGACACCAACCUGGCCUCUUCAACCAUAGUGAAGGAUGUCACCAACAAGGAGGUCCUGGGGAUCCUGGUGUCCUACAGAGUCAAAGUGAAGCUGGUGGUCUCACGUGGAGCGCUGCUGAGAGGCGUGAUGGAGAGAGACGUGUCGGUGGAGCUGCCCUUCAUCUUAAUGCAUCCUAAACCUGUGGAGCUGCCCGUGUCCCGCCCACAGUCAGCUGUGCCAGAGAUGGACCCCCCCAUCGACACCAAUUUGAUAGAAUUCGACACAAACAGCAUCUCCCAGGACGACGACUUUGUCUUCGAGGACUUCGCCCGCCUGCGGCUCAAAGGCGCAGUGGACGACAAAGACGAGGACUGCUAGGAGCUCGCCGGCCUCUUCAUACGCUCGCUUCGAAGCCACCACACACACACACACACACACACACACACACACACACACACACAUGCACACACACAUGCACACACACACACACACUGUUCACCUUACAUUCCCCGGUGGAGGGGGUGGAUGAGGGCACGUUUGGACGGAGGCCUCGUGGGGGCGUCGGUGGUGUUCUUCCUCUGUCGCUUCAGUCAUUCGUCAUGCCGCCGCCAUUUUUCGCCGCCAUCCGUCUGUCUGUUUCUCUUCUCUUUUUUUUUUUUUUUGCUGAAAAACUUGUAAUGUGGAGCAGCUGCUGGAUGGACGAUGGCGUGUGGAUGGAAUCGUCAAGUGAAGGCAAAAUCUGAUCGGCUGAGAGAAAUAAGAGAGAAAAAAAAAAAAAGACGUGCAAGAAGCGUAGGAAGUAUUUUGAAAUGUUUUUUUGAAUGUCGACCGUUUCACCAUCUUGUACAAACAGAAUAUAUAUUUGAAACAUAGAAAAAAUAAUCUUCUACGAGCUGUCAGGUCUAUGUUCAGUGGUGAUCGCCCUUUUUCCUUUGAUUACAAACUGUCGACGCUUUUACAUCCAGGCUGCGAGGGGAGGACACACAAACCAACAACACACACACACACACACACACACACACACACACACACACACACACACACACACACACACACACACACUCUUAGACAGGCGACUUGAUUUCACCAGCAUCCAAUCACCCGCUCUCAUCACUCUGAACCCUGUCGUCCGGUUUCUAAACGGUCACGUCUAUCGGCUGCAUGCUUCUCUGUUCUGCAUUCAAGUCUCUCUUUUUCUGAACUUUUCCAGCGUUGAUCUCGUUUUUCAAAUUGAUUUCAAACACGUUCUAUCAUUCUGAAGUUCAUUUACAAACAUCAGUCAUCACAUUUCAUCCAAACAAAAGAAACUACCUAUAAGAAUCCACCUCUUAAUACUUCCUGUUUAGCAAACUGGAUCCUACUGGAAACACAAACCUUCUUCUCAAGUUAUUCAGUUUAAUGUUUGAAACUUUUCAACUUUUGAACCGGAUUAAAAAAAAAAAAAAGUUCAAAUAAUAAGAUGCUGUUUGUGACAGAAGCUGGAAUAAAUGUGGAUCUGCCUUUAGGCUAUGGUUGUCAACAUUUUCGUUACUUUUUGAUACGAUGUGUUUUAAAACCAAACAAUCUCCCUCAGAAAGAGCUGAAGCCUUAAAGCCUGCAGAGCUUCAGUCAUAGUUUAGACCAGAAGAGAGAGAGAGAGAGCGCUGAGUAAAUUGCACAAAUAUGUUGGCAACUACCUGGCUGCUUAACGUUGCCUACUGUAGUUCAUAGUUUAAAGCGAACAUAUAUCGUCUGUAAUGACCAAACGAGGGAAUAAAAUGCAUUAAAACAGUUUUCACAGUUAGUGGAAUUGCGUGAGUGUAAACUGAACUGCUGUAUUGUACGGCACAGAGACUUUCAACACAGACGUUUUCAGUUUGAACGUUUGAUCUGUUGACAGAGAAGUCUACAAAAUAUCACCAAUCACACACUUUUGGUUGUUGCAGCAGGUUUAAAAAUGUGUUCCAUUCUGCGCUCUGCUGUUUCUCAGGCUCUCUCAGCUCUACAUGUUGAUUCCUUACUGGUCACAUUUACUUGUUUCUUUCAUACACGCCUGGUUUCAACCAGCCUGAGGUGAACACUUUAUUUCACACAGUUAGAAUGUAAAGAUGUCACCUCUUCUUCUUUAAUUUAAGUAUUUAAAUGACACCUCUUGUGUAGAAACAUGAAUAUCAAGUAAAUGAUCUUCUUUAGAUUCUUUACAACAUGAGCACAAACUGAUCACGCUGGAAUCGUUUUUUAAUGAACUCAAACUUUAGACCUGUGUUGGAGCGCGAGGCUUUGACCUGUCAGGUCUUCUCCUCAGCCCGUCAUGCUUCAGUUUACACGUCAACAACAGCUAGAAUAGAUUUUUUUGAAUUCUCUUUGGAAACUGAAUGAGUUCUUUACUUUUCACUGAGCUGGGUGUGACUCCUCCUCCUGCAGGUUUAAACCUCCAAACUGUCGACUGUUCACGGGGAACACUGGUGUGUAUUUUAGUUCCUAAUCAAUCAUCUCGCUGUUAAAAAUCUCACCAUCCACUAAUUCAUCCAAACACACUCUGAAAUGAUGUGCACAGAAACAUGUAGGGUUUCUUUUUUUUUACAAUAAGUUCAGUCUCGUUUUGUUCUGUAAACUUCAUCGUGCCUUCUACAUCUCUGUUGCCAAUAAGAAAGUCCUUCAAUCAUCACUCUUCUUUUGUGUUUUUGUGACUGGAGCACAAAACUUCGAUUUAGUUUGUUACUUUAUUUUCUGAGCUGAAACAGGAAAUACGUUUAAGUUCUAUAAAGGCUAAACUGGAAGUUUAAAAAGACAGUUCACUGUUUCUAUUCCCAUCUCAGUACAUUCUUAAUGUAAUUAUAAGGUGGAGCGCAGAUCUUUUGACAAUUGCAGGAAAGGAAAAAAAAUCCCUCAAAAUGAAGGCGGUAAAGAAUUAAUGAAAUGUAAAAGUAUGAAAGGGCUUAGUUGAAGAUUCAGACUCGCUCCAUGAAAGUGUUUUUCUAAAACCUUAUUUCAAUAAACAAUGACUUUCAUCAAAGAGCAUUAUGAAUAAAAAAAAAGAUGUCUCCAGAUUGAGUACACUUCAGGAGCAGUCAUCAUUUGCUUAUUUGUUUUUAGUUUUUUGCCUUUUAGUGACUUUUCUUUUUCUUUAUUUACAGUUUACAUUUCUAUUCUGCCAAGUUUUACAAACGAGUUGCUCACUAGUUUUACAAACUCAAACCUAAAACAAUUGCUUUUUCAUGAAUUGUCAUUUUAUUUGCACAUUUCCGAGGAGGAUUACGAGGAUAAGACUUUUUCCUCUCUUGUGCACAACGUUGCACAGUCCAUGCUGUUCCACAAAGUUUUGUUUUCAUGUCGAAGUGAAAUGAUUUCCCUCAUCAAAUUCCUCAAAACCAUUCCUGAAAUCUUCAACCUUCCAGUCAUAAAAUAAAAAAACCUUUUCUAGUUUUCAGAUCUCUAACUUACUUCAAAAUUUGAAUUUGUUUCUUGAGAAAGUAAUCGGAUUCAUAUUUCCUACAACAGUAACCCUACCCUAACUAUUGUCAGUCUGUCUUUCAAUCUGCCUUUUCUUUUCAUGACAGUGCUUUGGUUAAGUAUUGUAUAAACUUAAACAUUUAUAAGUUUAUUCUUGUAUGAGAGCUUUUUUUUUGUUUUAGAAUUAUUGGGCUUUUCUUGUAAAAUGAUGACUUUGUUCUCAAAGUUUCAUCUCAUUAAUUUAUUUCUGCCUUCUGACAAACUAAAACACAUAUUCUACAAUCGACCAAAUUGAAGAUGAACAAAGUGCCAAUAAGAAAGAGAAAAAAAACAAACAGCCAAAGCAGGAAAGAAGAGAGUUGAUUCAAACAAAGUGAACAGCACCAGUGUUUCCCGUCAGAUCCACUACAUCAUCACCACCACCACCACCUCCUCCUCGUCCUCGUCCUCGUCCUCCUCCUCCUCUUCAUCGUUUUAUUUUCUUCAUCCGACCUCAGACAUGUGAAGGACUUCAUCAGCUCGCCUUUCAUUGUCCUCUACUCGCUCUUUUUCUCCGUUUUCAUGCAUAAAAACUCAUAAACGGUUUAGAGGAGCUCCGGGCGUAGUAGUCAUAUCUUUCUCUUUGAAAACUUUUGUGUUGGUUUUCCCCCUAAGAAACAAAAAAAUGCACGGAUCAACAUUUCACACGACAUGUGAGCACUGCACUUUCAUUGGACGAAACAAACCCACAGAACUGCAGUUAUUGUUGUUUUUGCUCAUUUCAGGAGACAAAGAAGAAGAAUGUUUUUUUUUGUUUGUUUUUUUUUAAUGCUUGGCCAUUUUAUGACAUUUUUUUGUUGUGUUUUUGUCAAGUUUUUUAAACUUCACAUAAACCUUCAAACUUUUUUUUUUCUUUUUUUAUCUAAAAACUGCCAAACUCCCCUCCCUUCGUCCUUCGCUCCGUCACCCAGAAGGGAAGAAGAAGAAACAAACUCAGAGCAUGUUUGAAACUCUUUGAUUUCUUUUGAUUUUGUUUCCAAGCAGUGCUGUGAAUCGUACGAGCUGUGAUUCUGUCCUUAUUUUGUCGUGCAUAUGUGGGGUAAUUUGCUAAGUGUGAAAUUAUUUUGACAAGUGCCACGCCCCGGCCUGUGCGAUGCUUACCGUAAUGUCUAUAAAAAACAGGCAGUGAUUUCUGCUGGUGGCACCGACACCAGAAAAGAUAGAGUUCUGAUUAUUAUGCUUCUGAUUAUUAUUAUUAUUAUUAUUAUUAUGGUGACUAUUAUUACUUCUACUGUAUCAUCAUUGCGACCAUGAUUAUUCUCAUAAUCAUUUAAGAGUCUGUUGUUUUGCCAUGUAUUUUUUAUUUUGAGAUUUUUAUUUUAGUUUUCUUUUUAUUAUUAAAGGCAAAAUGAACUAACA